AUGGACAUCAUUAACGAGGAAGAAGCACAGUUUUUGCAGACGUCUCUAGAGGGCGCCGUGUGCUGGAGCGACCGUCCAACAAGCUGGGGCCGGACGCCAAGGAACUGCCAGGCAAGGCAGCAUGGCUGCUGUAUACGACACCUACUGAUUCCCCAUCGACCUGACGAGUCUGAUCAUGGAGGAGAAGGGCAUGACCAUCACAUGGCCGAAUACGAAGAGGAAAGAAGAAGGCCCAGGUACGGCUCAUCCACCCUGCUCGUGGGCAAUAGAGGGUCCAGACCCGUCCUCACUCCCUUCUUUCUUCUGGCGGGAGAGUCCCUUGUCAUCCCCAAGUCACAGGCUGAUUCUGUCUCAGGGCAAGGAUCUGGAGUUGACGACACCAUCAGUCUCGACGUUCACGCUAUCAACGCUUUGCAAGAGAAAAGGAAAGUGGCCGUCCGACCGACGAUAAAGUCAAGUACAACACUACACCAGCGAUGCUGCCGUGCAACUAUCUCUGGAGGACAGAUCUAUGAUGAGGGAUUUAUGGAGAAGGAAGACAACGCUGAUAUCGAGUUCAGGGUUACCAAUGUCCAGGUCAAAGGUGGCUACUGCCUUCACAUCGGCAAAGUUUCCGCUGUGGAUUUGGACGGGAAGAUCAAGAUUGGCGACCGCCUCAAGCUGGCUGUUGAUGAGGUUCGUAGGAGGCCCGUGAUGAACAACCACACAGGGACUCACGUCUUGAACUUUGCCCUGCGUCAAGUCUUAGGAGACGCGGAUCAGAAGGGAUCCUUGGUGGCGCCAGCACCCAUUUUACUCCUGGGUGGGGAAGCAAUGUGUGACAAAGUGCCUUGCCCAAGGGCACGCCCACAGGGCACGCCCACCAUGGCCGUAGGCGUGACUCGAACCCACAACCUGCAGAAUUACCCGCAGACCAACGAAUUCAAUGCUCCAGACCACGAGGCCACGGCGCUCCACAAUAAAAUUGGUAUCCCAGACCCAGUGCGUGUCGUCAGCAUCGGUAUCCCUGUUGAAGACCUAGUAGCUGACCCUACAGGUCCAGGGGGCUCAACGACAUCGGUGGAGUUCUGCGGUGGCAC